UAUCCUGGUUUUGUCUGCUAGCGUCUUCGUCGUUUCUUGUCAACAGAAAGGAGAAUUUUGCGUCGCUCAAAGGUACUUGAAUUUUCUCAAGUUUUCAUCAAUUUUUCGUCGCAAGAUCGUGAUCUAUGUUUCCGAUCUACAAUUCGAUGUUUUUUUGACGGUGAUUUGCUUUGAUCUGUUGUUUGGUUACUGAGAAAGUUGAAAUGGAUCGAAUUAGUUGAGGCAACUGAGGAUUUAAGUUUUCUAGGUUUUGUGUGAUUGUAGAUGCGAUUAGAUGAGUAUCAGUUUCCUGCAUUUUGUUGAUAAGCAAACACGAUUUUAGCUCUGUACUUGAUCGAGCAAUAUUUUGUGCUUUAGGAAGUCUGAUCUUUAAGAUCUCUGGAUUCGUCGUUCGACGAUUGAUCUCUUUUCUUGAUCGGGCAAUAUUUUGUGCUUUAGGAUAUCUGAUCUUUAAGAUCUCUGGAUUCUUUGUUUGACGAUCUGUGUAUCAUUUUGGAACUUGCGGAAUUGGAGCACCAGCGCAUUGAGUAUUUUCAGAAUUUUAUGAAGAAUUUGAUCGGAUAAAUUUUGAUCUCUUUGAAUUGUGCAUGUCAGUAUGAGCUUUGAUUGAUUGGUUAAUUUUGGCAUCUUUUUUGGAUUCUUGAUGAAUUGUUCCUUUGGAAUUCUAUAAACUAUAUGCUUCUGUUAUUUGUAAAUUUGGAAUAGAAAUUGAAACAAACAUGACCACUUACCAUGGCAGUAAACCAUGUACUGAUUAUUAAGAAAUCUGAAUCAUCAUCAACCUUGUAUGAUUUUUAACUGUUGCUUGGUUUCAUUAUGUUGACUAACAGUUGUAAUUGCAUAUAUUGGUUAAGGAGAACAUGGCACAAGUUUCUGGAGGAAAGUCAACUUUGAACCCCAAUGCACCACUCUAUAUCCCUGCUGCCGUCCGUCAAGUGGAGGAUUUCUCACCAGAAUGGUGGCAGCUGGUUACCACCUCAACAUGGUACCGACAAUAUUGGCUCAGCCAGCAUCAGGGUGAAGAUGGUUUCUACAAUGAUGCCGAAGAUGAUGACUUUGAUGGCAAUGACAUUGCUGAUCUGCUUCCAGAUACCUUUGAUCUGGUUGCUGGUGAGGAUCUCUCUGCCAUGGAUCUUCAAUUUGAAGAGUUUGUUCAGUCUUGUGAGACCGAAAUGGAAAACAGAUCUGCCCCUUUACCUUCCACUGGUGGUACGUAUUAGCUGUGCCUGUAAUCCUCAAAAUGUCAAAACCUUGGGAAGCUAGAAAUGGAGAAUUGUGUCCAUUUACAAUGUGAAGUUUGAACAUACAUUUUAUUGAGUUCUUUUUUUAAUGUAGAGGAUGUUGAGACCCUGAUGGAGAAUCUGAACUUGUUAAAAUCAAGCCCUAAAUCUUCUGUGGAACCAGCAAAAUAUGCAGAGAAACCGGCUAAGAAUGUCGAUCCAAAAUCAAUAUCCCAGCACAUCCAGCAGCCACGCUAAAAAGCUGCAGGACUUAUUGAGCGCAUUGUCGACUUCAAGUUCCUAUGACUCUGUAUAGAGCUAGGCUCUAACCCUUGUGGUACCCUUAUCUUUCUGUCAUUCCCUAUGCUUUCUGUUAACCAAAGAAAAAUGUAAAAAUGAAAUUGUAAAGUUCUACUGAAAAUAGUAAAGAAAAUUGUUUUGCCAUG